GCAGGCGCUUCCUUCGGAGUCCCGGCGCCGAGGGGGCGUGGUUGGGCGUGGCUUCGGCUGCGUAUUGUCAUGGAGACCAGAAGCUGUCCGCCGCUGAGGCGGGCGGUUGUGAGCCAGACGGAGCGGCGCGCGGGGCCGGAGCCCCGGGGAGCGCGCGACGGCCUGAGACGGCUUCUCGGGCUGACCGUUCCGGGUUCCGGGUAGGCUCGAGUGUCUGCAGGGAGUGUCCCCGCCCCGACGCGAGGAUCCCCGCCUCCCGCGACCGCACCGCCCCCGGCUCCGCCCGCUCAGCCCGGCUAACGGUCGGCGAGGCCUGCCACGAGGGAGCGUCCGCGGCCCGCGCAGAGCCGCGCACCAAGCCGAUGGCGUGGACGCGGCCGGGCCCCGCGCGUGGGCCGCCAGAGCCUGGGACAUGCCAUGCGGGUGCUUCAGUCCGCGUGCAGGCAGGCGCGCGUGGGCGUGUCCCUCGGGCCCACGCGUGUCCCCCCGAAUCAGUGUCUCGGCUCUCGUCCAGGACGACGACUUCUGAAAGCGAGCCAAGGAGAAUCGCAGUUGGUAAUGGAGCUCCUGACUGCCCGUGGAAGAAGGUGAUUCGGAAGACAGGGAGGGUGUCAGCAGCUGGGGAACCAUUACAAUGUAGGCAGAAAAUGCUGAGAGCAGAGUGCUCACUUGGAACGCAGUUUGCAUUGGCGCAGCGAUUCAGCAUCGUGACCAUGACCGACUUCCCACCUGGCAUGGUUGGGUUAUGACUCUUGCUUUUAAUACAGCAGUUGAUGGUACAGCUUUUGUUUAGAGUACGGCAUGUUUUUAAGCUGACUAGGUCUCACUGGUCAUUUAGAACACUACAACAUUACAAAGUUGAAAUAUAUUUAAUAGAAGGAAAAUGUACAAUUCA